UGGCUUCAUAUUUUAUCAUUCAAGUGGUUUCUUUACUGACAUCCCAUUCAUUUUUCUUACAGGCUCCACAUCUGUUUGUUACAAGCCUACCAGCCCCGUCCAGGUACUGGAGGACGCUGGCUUUCUUUACCAGGAUCACCAGUUGUUUGCUGGCAGGCAUGAUGUUUCUCCACUAACAGCUGAAGUGAUCAGUGCCAAAGAAAAAGCUGCCGAGGAGACCCUCUGCACCCUGCGUCCACCCAGCUUCCGCCGGGUCCCAGAGACGGAGAUGCGAGGGGCAGAGGAGGUGGCAGCCGGCACCGUCCUGCAGCGCCUGAUCCAGGAGCGGCUGAGGUAUGGCAACCCCAGCGAGAACAUGAACCUGCUGGCCAUACAGCACCAGGCGACGGGCAGUGCCGGCCCCUCCAACAGCACUGCCAGCACACUCUCCUCCGCAGAAAACCUUGCUCCCGAAGACCUGCCAAUGGUCCAGCCAUCAGGGCGGCAGGAACCACAGGGGCAGGAGCACCAGGGGGACGGUGCUGCAAUGGAGAAGCAGCCCCGGGCCCCACAGCCCCCGCAUGGCACCGAGGAGCUCCCCACUUAUGAGGAGGCCAAAGCUCAGUCUCAGUUUUUCCGUGGCCAGCCCCCACAGCCGGCCACCACUGCCACCCCAGGUUUUUAUGGCUCCUCCAGCCAGAAGUCCAGGACGGAGGGGAGACCGACAGUGAACCGGGCCAACAGCGGGCAGGCUCAUAAGGAUGAGGCACUGAAGGAGCUGAAGCAGGGCCACGUCCGCUCGCUGAGCGAAAGGAUCAUGCAGCUCUCACUGGAGAGGAAUGGGGCUAAGCAGCACCCUCCAGCCCCGGGAGGCGGGAAGGGCUUCAAGGCAGCCCCACCACCUGGCAAGGCCACAGACCCACGGGGCCCACCGCCCGAGUACCCCUACAAAGCCAAGGCAGCAGCCCCGGGCAGCAAGGCACAGGAGCAUGGGCUCUUCUAUGGCGAGCAGCCGACACAGGACGUCCUCAAGGCCGCCUAUGCCAACCCCCAGCCUGCCCGGGCAGAGCUGGCCCUGGUCCGCUACCAGCCUCCCCCAGAGUAUGGGGUCAGCAGCCGACAAUGCCAACCACCCUUUCCGCCGCCGCCAGCCCAGCAGCACAGCCCCAUGUCCUCGCAGGCCACUGCAGGCCCUCUGCUCCCAGGCUCCUUGCCCCCACUGCCGGCCCCUGCUGCUGCCCAGACUCCGACACUGCCGGGCCAGCAGCUGACACCUGACGCCUUUGCCAUAGUGGAGCGGGCACAGCAGAUGGUAGAGAUGCUCUCCGAGGAGAACCACGUGCUGCGUCAGGAGCUGGAGGGCUACUAUGAGAAGGCAGACAAGCUGCAGAAGUUUGAAAUAGAGAUUCAGAGGAUUUCAGAAGCUUACGAAGGCUUGGUCAAGACCACCACUAAAAGGGAGUCUCUGGACAAAGCAAUGAGAAACAAACUUGAAGGAGAAAUUAGGAGACUUCAUGACUUCAACAGGGAUCUCCGUGAACGACUGGAGACAGCCAAUAGGCAGCUAGCCAGCAGAGACUUUGAUGGGCAUGAGGAUAAGGCAACAGAGGGCCUUUAUGCCACUCAGAACAAAGAGUACUUGAAGGAGAAGGAAAAGUUGGAGAUGGAACUGGCAGCUGUGCGUUCUGCCAAUGAGGACCAGCGGAGGCACAUUGAAAUCCUUGACCAGGCCCUAAACAAUGCUCAAGCCAAGGUCAUCAAACUGGAAGAGGAGCUGCGCAGGAAACAGGCCUAUGUGGAGAAGGUGGAAAAGCUGCAGCAGGCGCUGACACAGCUGCAGGCAGCCUGCGAGAAGAGGGAGCAGAUGGAGCGGCGGCUGCGCACACGCCUGGAGCGGGAGCUGGACUCACUGAGGAUGCAGCAGAGGCAGGGCAGCUACCAGGCAAGCAGCCUCCCGGAGCACAAUGCCCCAGCCCUGAUGGAGCUGGUGCGGGAGAAGGAGGAGAGGAUCCUGGCCCUGGAAGCUGACAUGACCAAAUGGGAGCAGAAGUACCUGGAGGAGAGUACGAUCCGGCACUUUGCCAUGAAUGCUGCAGCCACAGCUGCAACGGAGAGGGAUGCCUCGGCCCCAAGCCACUCACGCAAUGGCAGCUACGGCGAGAUGGCAUUGGAGGUGCGGGGCUGGCAGGAAGAGGAGGAGAUCGUGCAAGCCAACCGGCGCUGCCAGGACAUGGAGUACACAAUAAAGAAUCUCCAUGCCAAAAUUAUUGAGAAGGAUGCCAUGAUCAAGGUCCUUCAGCAACGGUCACGAAAAGAUCCAGGGAAAGCUGACAGUGCCAGCCUGCGACCAGCUCGGUCUGUCCCCUCCAUCGCUGCUGCUACGGGGGUGCAUUCACGCCAGACCUCGCUCACCAGCAACCAGAUAGCUGAGGAGAGGAAGGAAGAGAAGCUCUGGAAGGGAAGCAUAGGGCUGCUCUUGGGGAAGGAGCACCAUGACCACCCACCAGGCCCCUCACUGCCUCCUCCUCUGCCCUCCUUGUCGUGCAUACCUGUCCCAGUGCCGGCAGCCUCCCAUGCGAAGACGGCCAGCAAAGACAGCAGCACCCAGACGGACAAAGCUGCCGAGCUCUUCUGGCCCGGCACUGCCUCCUUCCCCGGUCGGGGACGGCUGGGUACCACCCCGUCACACAGCCCAGCUCCACGGGCCCCGGGGACACGAGUGGCCUGCGAGAAGCUGGAGAGCUCCAGCCACACGAAGCUGCCUGACAGCAAAGGCAGAGUGAGCAGCUUGCUCCACAAGCCUGAGUUUCCAGAUCAGGACAUGAUGGAAGUCCUCAUCUGAGCAGAGGACAGCAUCUCUGGGGUUUUGUGUGUGUACAGCCAGGUCCAAGAUGGUCCUCAGUGUGCCAGCCUUGAAAACUAACCCUUACAGUUUGAAGGAAGAUAAAGUUUUUGCCCCAAAUGAAGCUUGAGUCUGUUAUGUGUAGACUUUGGACCAGGCGAGAAGUCAAGAGCGCUGAAGAGGAGCGAUGAAAUGAAUGUCUGGGAUUUUUUAAACAGAGAGAGGCAUUGGAAAUGGAAGAUCGUGUGAGAAGGGGAUCAUUGAGGCAAAAAGAAACUGGGUUUUCUGGCAUAAAGAGAAAGUAGUGAAGUUAAAGACUGGUUGCACACUGCCGCUCUGUUUUCCUACCUCUCUGCAGCCAGGACAGGGAGUGAAAUCCUGUCUCCUUUGAGGCCAGAGGGAGUUUCUGAGUAAAGCAGGAAAAACUUGCAUCUUCCUCAGCAUCAGUGCAUUUCUCAAAAACUUUCAAAGUCUCAAAAACUUCACUGCCUAGUUUUUGUGAAUAAUUGGUCUGUAGGUGUACACGGCAGGUUCUUGUAAGUAUUUAUUUGAAGUGGCGUGGUAUGGUUUUCCUGGGCAGGCAAGUCAGGUGCCUCUUUCCUGGCUGGAUAAGUGUUGCUCUUGUAGCUGGAUUUAUAGUGCAAAUAUUCGUGUCUUGCAAUCUCAGAGCUUACUGAGACUUCUUUUUUUGGUAGGAGCAGUUGUUGGCUGGAAUUCUCAUGGAGGAUAAAUGUAGGGGGGGGGAGGGGGAGCAUGCUGAAGCAAUCCAUGUUGUAACCAUAGGAAGGUUUCAAGAGGGAAAGUUACGGGAGGAUUCCAACAGCUCCCUAAAGGGCUGUGCACUACAGAGUUCCUUCAGAGGGGGGCUGCAUGGUUGUGUUUUCAGAGGUGUUAAGUGCAUGAAAUCAGAAGAUGCCUCUUAAUGUGCGCUGGUUCAUAGUAUUAGAAGAAUCAGUGUGCUUAUGGUAAGAACAAGAUUUUUCCUUAUUUUCAAUGCCUACAGCCAAAUCCUACUUUUCUUGACCAUACAAACCUGCUGUUCAAGCUGAUGUGGGACUGGGCAUUAAGAGGUGUGGAAUUAGGCCAGGAAGGCUUUAACUGCAAAGUAGUAUGUGACCAUCAUGUAUUUUCUGUGCUGAGCUGAGGUUUCUUUUCACCUUAUUUUACCUAGGAUGGAACGUUUCUCAUUUUCAGCUUUGUCUGUUAGUAAGAGGUGGUGACUGACUGUAAGGCAGUUAACUCACCAGCUGUGUUAAUCAUGGCAUACCAUUCGCUUUGUGCAUUGCACAUGCUGAUAAGGAAAUUUUGCUCUGUGAGGUAUUUUUGUAUUGGCUUUGCAGUUCCUGAACUUUGUGGUGCACCGUAAUGACUUUAAGAAGAACUUGGCUUUGGGAAGAAGGGUGAUGGGAUUUAAUGUGAAGCUGCCUAGAGUGGAAGAGUGAUGGGUGCUAGAAGUAAUCGUGUGCUCAGGGCUGGCUCAAGAUCACCCCUUCCUGUAGGUAUCAAAUCAUAGCCCUUGACUGUGAGAACACCAGGCAUUUUAAACUCUGCUUUUGCUGAAAACUGAAGACCUUGCGAACUCAAAGCCUGCACGGGCGAGAGCCUUGUGGUCAAUACUGCCUGGCUGAUACCUUCCUUUUUUAAAGAAAAAAACUGCUAUGUUAAAGCUAUGCACUUAUUUUUGUGUGUACAUAGAAUUAGACACAUGUUGUUGUCACCUUCUUUCUGAUUUUUGCACUUGUUAAAUGCAGUAGUGGUAGGUAGGUUGUGUGGGCAAGCGAACUGUGUGUUUUAAGUAUUAGAAGCUUUGCAUUAUGAAACCAAAUGUGUAAAACCCUUGGAAGAUGUUAUGCAGCUUAAUAUAUGCCUUGUAAGAUAAUUUUAUUUUUUUCCCUAAAGUUAAUUUAAACGUUGUAAUUGUUUGCAUCAAAGCCAGGCCUGCACGUGACACCACUGCUGACCCACCUUCGUAGCCCUUCCUCAAGCGUCUGUGGUAGGACUGGGGUGGGAGGAAGACAAAGCAAGGGAAUACAAGUAAGGUGUUGGUGAAUAUUUAAUUUCAUCAUUUUUU